AUCAAUUCUGCACUGUGGAUCAAUACAAGAAUUAGCAGUUGGGAAGCAGAAGAUGCUUUUUAGUCCUGAAAAAUCUUAUUAUUUUGCAUUUGAUCUCAAAUAGGCCUGGCAUCUUUAAAUGUUUGAAAUCUGUGAGCCUAAAUUGUGUAGGAAGAGAUUACUCAUUACCUAUAAUUUGAAUGACUGCCUACUGACUGCCAGCUGCUGGAUUCUCAAACUGUUAGAUGGGGGUUGUAAAUAAGCACUGGCUUGUUUAAAUUAUUUAAUACUAAAUAUGUUUUUACUACCACAUUUUAAAUCGGUUUGCCAAUAUGGAGUUUAUGUUAUGGUUCAUGAUCAGCUGUUUAAUGAGACCUAAUGAAUUAAAACUGUGAGGAAUUAAAUUUCUUCUUCAGAUUCUGAGGUCAGAAAUAGAUGAAGCUCUAUGAAAACUGUUUGGGAUUGGUUAGUGGGGUUUCAUAAAACACAAAUUAUGUAAAAUGUUGUAAAAAUUUCUUAUUUAGGAAAGCCCAAAAAGGGACAGUGCUAAGCUGAGGCACGAAUUUGCUUUAUUAUCUCAUUAUUACAGCCAUUGAGUACAUUUUCUUUCUUUUUUCUAGUUCUGGAAAUAAAAAUCCUCAAGCAACAUGUUUACAUCCAGGAGUGCAAACCAUGACUGACCGUCCAAGGCCUGGACAUCCACUGCGAUUCUCAGUCAAGAAAGAUGUCCAACAACACAACAGAGAGCGGCAGCAACGCUCUCUCAGCUCUCCUAGGCCUGUUCCUGGGAAGCAUUUCCCUGAUCACCAUUGUCAUGAACAUUUUGGUGCUGUGUGCUGUGAAAACAGAGAAGAAGCUGCAGACGGUGGGUAAUUUAUACAUCGUGAGCCUCUCCGUGGCGGAUCUGAUGGUGGGGGCGGCCGUGAUGCCCCUGCACAUCGUGUACCUGCUGAGCCCCAGGUGGCCCCUGGGGCUGGAGGCCUGUUUGUUCUGGCUCUCCAUGGACUACGUGGCCAGCACGGCCUCCAUUUUCAACCUGUUCAUCCUGUGCGUGGACCGGUACCGCUCGGUGCAGCGGCCGCUCGAGUACCUCAAGUACCGCACCAAGGUGAGAGCCUCGCUCCUCAUCCUGGGGGCCUGGCUGCUCUCCUGCACCUGGCUCAUCCCCAUCCUGGGCUGGCACGUCUUCGCCAACCACGGCCAAAGGAACGUCAGGGAAGACGAGUGUGAGACCGAGUUCUUCAAAGUCACCUGGUUUAAAGUGCUGACGGCCAUUCUCAACUUCUACCUGCCCUCCCUGCUGAUGGUGUGGUUCUACUGCAGAAUCUUCAGCACUGUUCGGAAACACUGCCAGCACCGAGAGCGCACCGAUGGAUCCUACUGCUCUUCCAAGGAAAAAACCACCGUGCAGCAGGCUCAGACGAGGGAUGACAAAAACAUCUGCCUCCAGGAGCAAAUCUUAGGUGAGAACACCCCUGGCACGGACAAGCAAAGCUCCCCAGAGCCCCAAAAAGCGGAGGCAGAGCUUCAUUUCAGCAAUCCUGGUGAGGCUUCAGAGGCGCUGAGUAAUGGGAAGGUCCUGAAGUGUUUCUCUCUCACCACAGCCGAGCCUGAGCCUGGCUUGGACAGAGCAGGGAAGAAGGGGGUGUGCACCACUAAAAAACCUGGGAAUAAGGAGCAGCCUGGCUGCCAGGACAGCGACUCCAGCGUGGCAUCAGACAAGCACACCUUCACUGAGGUGGCUCCCCGUGCAGAGCAGCCCAGUCCCGGCCCUGCAGGAGCCUGCUCUCCUCAGGGAAGGACAGAGCACAGGGAUCCCAGGGGACUGGCGUUCCUGAGGAAAACCUGGCACACCCUGCACAGCCGCUCCAGGAGCAGCCACCAGCACGGGAACAGGGAGAGGAAGGCAGCCAAGCAGCUGGGGGUCAUCAUGGCAGCCUUCAUGCUCUGCUGGAUCCCAUACUUUGUGCUGUUCAUGGUGAUAACGUUAAACAAGGAGCACAACAACCAUCCACAGCUCUCAGAACUGCACAGGGUCACCAUAUGGCUCGGCUACGUCAACUCCACCUUAAACCCAUUCCUCUACCCUCUCUGUAACCACAACUUCAAGCAGACUUUUAAAAAGCUCCUUCACAUUCAUUGAUGCUGGAGAUUUGGAGCUCAGGGGCAGCUCAGGAGUUCAACCAUACCAAAUGUUCCAGUUUCAAAGGAUGAGUUCAGUAGAAGACUUUGGUGAACUGUAGUCUAUAAAGAAGCGUUAGUAAAAGUGGGAAAUGUGCACUUUGUAGUUUUAAUACAUUUGAAGAGCAACUUCAGAUCAAGGAUCUGAAAAAGUCAAGGUCAAUAUAUGAACUGUUACACUGUUGUCAGUCUUUUAUCACUUGAGGUCACCACUUCCAUACAGAAAUGGAGAUAUAAAUAGACAUCCUCAGUGAUUAUAAAUUAUUCAGCUACAGAAAAGGAAGAAAUCACAUUUCACUGAUUGGCCAAAAACAUUUUUCUCUUUCAACCUACUCCAUUAAACACAUUGCUUGUGAAGUGAGAUUUGCAGGAGGAGGUACUUUGCACAGUCAAAGAACUUCCAAGAGUUUAAAAAGACUCCCCCAUUUAUUUAUAGCCUUCUCCAAAUCACAAACUUUCCAUCAAAUGUCAAGUUUUGGUGUGUAUCCUGCUGUAUCUCUGUGAUAUUGUGCUUAGAUUAACUGCACAUUAACUUUGCUGAAAAACAGUUUUUAUGUCCCAAAAGUUUCCAUGCUCAAUGUCCUGUCACCAUCUGCUCCAGAAGGGCGUGCUGCUGUUUCCAGACUUGCAGAAUAUAGUUGAUUAUACAUGAAAUGUGUUGACCUUUUCUACCCUUUCUAUUUAAUUUGUAUUUCAUAAAUC